AUGCAAACUAUCCAAGCUGACCCCCCCUCGGACUCGCUUUUAAGGCAACCUAUACUCUACGUAAGCGAGUUACAACACAGUAUCGUUGAAGACGAACUGAAAAAGAUAUUUGCGGAUGUCGAUCCCGGCCAACAAUUUUCUCCUCCGGGAACUUACAAUAGCCAACAAUCGCCUGCGUCUCCAGGUCCCGAAGGACCUUUUGUGGAUCCAUGCAAUUUGUUUAUCAAGAAUCUUGAUGCUAAUAUUUCCAGCAGUGACCUUUUCAAUCAUUUUCGUCGAUUUGGUCGCAUCAUCAGUGCUCGUGUCAUGAGAGAUCAAGAGACUAACAAUUCAAAAGGAUUUGGAUUCGUCAGUUAUACUUCGGCUGAAGAAGCGGAUAGGGCCAACCCUACUUCUCCAUCUGAAAGUCGUGCACCAUCCAGGCGUAAUUCGGACCAUUUUGUCAUUAAUUCAGCUAACGAAUUUGGGCAGGAAGAUCUCGCUGGUUUGGCGCCGAAAGCCCGUAGGGAAGUUUUGAUGUCAGAACUGCAAAAACGCUUCAAGUAUGUUCCCAGUAUUCCUCAAGAAGAGGUUAACCCGAUCAUUGAUCAUCUAUUGAAUAUGAAAACACCUGAAGUCCUUCACAUUCUCAAGGAUGCUACCUCUUUGUCACAAAAA